AAUAUUAAUCCAACACCAAACAUGCAGAGUGCCACCCCGCUCUGCAAAACACAGUAUCUGAACGUUUGACGGCGUGGCAAUGUCAGAUGGCGGGAAGUCGCGCUCGUCGUCUUCUUUCCACUUCUUCGCAGGCCUUAGCUCGGGCGUCCUCUCUGCUGUCCUCCUCCAGCCCGCCGACCUGCUCAAAACCCGCGUCCAGCAGUCCCGCCAAAGCACUCUCCUCUCAACCAUCCGCUCCAUAGCCAGCGGGCCAAACCCCGUACGCCAAUUCUGGCGCGGCACACUCCCGAGCACGCUGCGCACCGGCUGCGGCAGCGCAAUCUACUUCUCAGGGCUGAAUGCGCUACGACGCCGCGCCGCGCGCAAUGAAGUGCUGGCAUUGGCGGGCGGCGACCACUCGAGCUCGCUGCCCAAACUCGGUACCAUGGGCAAUCUGACCACGGGCGCCGUGGCGCGCACCUGGGCGGGCUUCCUCAUGAUGCCCAUCACCGUGCUGAAGGUGCGCUACGAGAGCAGCUUGUACAACUACUCGUCGCUGUUCAGCGCGUCGCGCGAUAUCCUCCACACAGAGGGGUUCAAGGGUUUCUUCGCCGGCUUCGGCGCAACGGCCGUGCGUGAUGCGCCGUACGCAGGCCUCUACGUCGCCUUCUACGAGUUCUCCAAGCGCAGACUGUCCGCCCUGGCGACUCGCAUAGAAGACCCCGCGGCGCCUGUGUACGCUUCUUCGUCGAGGCUGUCGUCGUCGACGUCGGCGGGCAUCAAUUUCGUGUCUGGAGUCGCGGCUGCGGGGCUCGGCACGACGUUCACGAACCCCUUCGAUGCGAUUAAAACGCGGAUUCAACUCAUGCCGCACCGCUAUGGGAAUAUGGUGCAGGCAGCCAAGAUGAUGGUUGCUGAAGAGGGUGUGCAGAGCUUGUUUAAUGGACUGGGGAUACGGAUUGCGCGCAAGGCGAUCAGUAGUGCGUUGGCGUGGACGGUGUAUGAGGAGUUGAUUCGCAGGGCGGAGAGGGAGUGGAAGGAGGUUGUUGUUGAGGACAAGGUGUAGGUGGAGGUGUUGGUCUGUAUAGUAUGGUUGCAUGGAUGGCGUUCGCGGGCCUACUCUGCUCAGGGCAUGUUUGUGGAGUGUGAGAACUCCUUGUAUAUGUAGGGGAUGUGAGAUAAGCAAGCGGAAAGAAGGGGAAGUUUACUGUCUUGUCAAACACUGUCCAAAUCAAUCUAAACUACGAUUCAAUCCAAUUCGCUUCAAUUCA